AUACAGCUGCCGGCUUCUACUGCCGGCUUCCUUGGCUCAUCUGAAAGAAGCAUGUAUCAAAGUUCAGUCUCUGCUGCAUCUGAUGCGCCUUCUGAUGGGCCUCAUCUUCUUCAUUGUUCUGCAGUUUUUACCCAAAAGACAAACAGAACAUAGCAGGAUUCCAUCUCUCUCUACCCUCCAAAAACUUCUCGACAAAUUUCAAACUGUUCAAUCCCCAAAGGGGUUCUCUUCCCACAAAUAUCCAUUCGAAUACGACCCAUAAUCAAUAUAUUGCAAAUCGGAGUUGUUAGUUCUAACAAUUCUUUAUUGAUUCCCACGCCCUUUAUAUUGGCCAAUUGUCUGUGGUUUCUUUCAGUGUAGUACAGAAUUUCUCUGCGUUCUGUUCGAUGGAGGCCGGGUGCAUGUGUUCUCAUCAUCAUCCGAAUUGCUUGAAAAACUACAUGAGAAAUGGAGUUUGGUGAAGAAGAAACCAUAUCCAGCAAUGUAUUCCAGCAUUUUUGGUGGAAUCACAACAGACCCAGCUCUGAUGGUGAUUCCUAUUGAUGAUCACAUGGUUCAUCGAGGCCACGGCGUGUUCGAUACCGCCGUUCUUUUAAAUGGACAUUUGUAUGAAUUGGAUGGCCACCUCAACCGCUUCCUAAGAUCAGCUUCAAAAGCAAAGAUCUCCCCUCCCUUUCCUUGGUCGAUUCUUCGGAGCAUUCUUAUCCAAUUGGCAGUAGCAUCACAGCUCAAGAAAGGGACUCUAAGAUACUGGCUAAGUGCAGGACCUGGAAAUUUUUUGCUCACUCCUGCUGGAAAUGCCAAUUCUACAUUUUAUGCGGUAGCCAUCGACGAAGACUUCUCUCAAUGCAAAGAAGGGGUUAAAGUGAUAACAUCUACCAUCCCGAUGAAGACGCCUCAGUUUGCAACGAUGAAGAAUGUGAACUACCUACCGAAUGUACUAGCCAAAAUGGAAGCUGAAGAGAAAGGGGCAUUUGCUUCUAUUUGGGUUGAUGAAGAAGGCUAUAUUGCAGAAGGUCCAAAUGUGAAUGUUGCUUUCAUAACCACUGAAAAGGAGCUUAUCUUGCCUUCUUUUGAUAAGAUCCUCUCGGGCUGCACCGCCCUCCGGCUUCUAAAGCUAGCUCCAAAGUUGGUUGAGGAGGGGAAGCUGAAGAGUGUAGGAACUGCAAACGUUACGGUGAAGGAAGCCAAAGGUGCUGCUGAAAUGAUGUUCGUAGGAAGCACGCUUCCGAUACUGCCAAUCAUCACCUGGGAUGAAGAACCCAUUGGAGAUGGAAGGGCUGGAGAAUUGACAAUGGCGCUAUCUGAUCUGCUUUGGGAUGACAUGGUUUCGGGCCCCAAAACGGAGAGAGUACCGGUUCCAUACAUGUAGUGGAACCGAGCCCGGUAGAAAGGAUGUCGAAGCCUGCUCAGGAAUGUUAUCAACUGAAAAUAAACAGCCACCUUAUUCUUAUUGUUGCCUGUUUUGGCCAUCUCUGCUUUCUCUGGACAUGAAUAGAAGAAAAAUAUCUAUGGAACCUGUUCUAAUGGCAAUUGUUUUUUGGGUUUACUGUGAAUAGUCACUGCGAGUGUGAUUGUUUUUCCUUUCGAAA